ACAGUAGAAAACUCUGUGUGUGUGUGUGUGAGAGAGAGAGAGAGGGAGCGCGUGUUUCUAGUGUGCUUAUGACAUCCUCAGUUUCCAAUGCGGAGCUUAGUUAAAAGAGCAUGUGUUAGCAACUCCCAAUAGUUGGAGACCUCUGGCAAAGAGUGAGACAGAGGGAGGGAGCAUUAGCAGUCUUGACUAAAGUAGUGAGUGCAGUGUUCUGGGCAUGGAAUGACGCAUGUAUUGUGUUGGAUCAGAAAUGCGGAAGAAUUAGAAGCCUCUAAGUGUCAACUAGUCUUGGUUUAAAGAGCAAAGCAGCAUAGCUACGAAGCUGUUAUCUGUGUGGUGCUGGUAAGAUAUACAACCUUCUUUGACUUCUCUCUCUCGCUCGCUCAUUUUCUUCCCUUCCUCCCUCCCAUUUUCCUCCCCUCAAGGCGUACAUAGCACAAGGCUUUUGACAGGGAUCAAGGGGGAAACAAUUUGGUUGGCCUUUACAGAUUUUCUUUUUCUUUAAUUUUUUUUAAAAUCCUUUUUUGUUUUAUGUUUAGUCUGAAGCAAAAAGAUUGUACUAGUCAGAGUUGAAAUGCUAGCUCUUUUCUUGUCUCUGUCUGUGUGUGUGUGUGUGUGUGUGAAUACACACGCAGUCUAUGUAUGUACAUUUUUGAGUAAACAAGAGUAAAAGUCCAUUUCAGCUGGCCUGAAGAUAUGAGGCCUUGGAGAGACUAUCUAUUUCCACAACAGCCCCAAGUUCCUGUUACAUUACAUGUUGCUCUCUGCUGAUGGCAGUUGAUAAUUGGUAGCCACAGUCUGUGGUCGGAGUGCAGCAUUUUGUCUAGCACCUGGGCUGGGCCCUGCUGAUAUACAGUGGAGUGAGAGAGAGACACACACACACAGACAGAAAAUAAGCUAGCUGUAACUGUGCAACUCUGAGUGAGCGGCCUCAAGGGGAUAUUGCCUCACUGCAUGGAACUUACCUGAGGCUGACUGGUGAUGCUGUGUGUGCUGGGGGGUUCACAGAAAGGCUUGAAUCCCUGUUCCAGAGGACACGAUUAUGUCCAGUGAACAGCGUAACAGUACAGCGUUGAAGGAUGCUCAGUUAAAAGACCUGUUAUUGCAAAAAGCUGAACUGGAGUUUGUUCAGAUAAUCAUUAUAAUCGUGGUGAUAACUGUUAUGGUGAUAGUGAUCAUCUGCCUUUUGAACCAUUACAAACUCUCAACACGCUCUUUCAUCAACCGACAGAGCCAAAACAGGAGGCAGGAAGAAACUUUGCAGCCGGAAGGGUGCUUGUGGCCUUCAGACAGCUCAGUGUCACGACAAGGUGCUUCAGAGAUCAUGUAUGCCCCAAGGUCCAGGGACAGGUUUACCGCUCCAUCAUUCAUGCAGCGGGACCGUUUCAGUCGCUUCCAGCCAACCUACCCUUACAUGCAGCACGAGAUUGACCUUCCUCCGACCAUCUCCCUCUCUGAUGGAGAAGAACCACCACCAUACCAAGGGCCAUGCAUGCUGCAGCUCCGGGACCCAGAACAGCAGAUGGAACUCAAUCGAGAGUCUGUCAGGGCACCACCCAACAGAACCAUUUUUGACAGUGACUUGAUAGACAUUUCAACGUACAAUGGGGGCCCAUGCCCACCAAGCAGCAAUUCGGGCAUAAGUGCAACCAACUAUAGCAGUAAUGGAAGGAUGGAAGGACCACCCCCAACAUACAGUGAGGUCAUGGGUAAUUACCCAGGCUCCUCUUUUUUCCAUCACCAGCACAACAAUGCGCCUCCUUCAUCACAGAGGGGGAGCAGACUUCAGUUUCAGCAGAACAAUUCAGAGAGCACAAUAGUCCCUAUUAAAGGCAAAGACAGGAAACCAGGAAACCUUGUCUAAGUUACUUUCCCAGGUGCACUUGAACUGAAGACAAGAGAAUCAAACAGGAAUGUGGAGGAAAAUUCCCACAUUCCUGUGCACAAUGUUGUUAAGUUACACGUGGUACAAUGUAGUAAAACCAAACGUGCAAACCAGUUCGUUCUGAUUCAUUUCAGGGGAAUUGCAUGCAAAGUGGAUUGAGAUAAUACAAACUUCCAUUCGGUUUGGCCAUGAGCAGUGUUUUGGGGGAAAAUAUAUAUUAUUUUUUUUAAAUAAACUAUUUGAAUUAUUUAAUUCUAAAAGGAAACUUAGCACAGAAAUUAGGCUUGUACAGCCUGUUUUAUAUUAACUGAAUGGCAGAAAGAAGAAAAUGAGAAGAAAGUUUUGCUAGGUAAAUGGGGGAAGAAUCGGCCAGUUUGCUUUUUUCUCCCAAGGUGUGGAAUUUUUUUUAUAUGAAUCAAAAUUCCUGUUUUGUGUGCCAAGGUGUAAAGUUGAGAAAUUAGAUGAAUGCAAGGAGUUAAUUUGUGUUGUGAAAAAUGUGUUUUAAAAAGUUGCACUAUCUUAAUGUUUUAAAAAAUAUAUAUAUGAGGGAACUGUUUUACGUGAAGUUCUUCUAUAUGUUGUCUUUUCAAAACCUGUGGAAUAAUGAUUAGACCCCAGGAGUAAUCUGGAGGAGUUUGCCCCACCUGGUAUUUGUCACUGAAAGGGGAUUGUUGAAUUUAGCCUAACACCUAUUGACUUACAUAAUCAGGCAAUACAGGGACACUUAACAUGUUGUUAUCUUUGCAGUAAUUUGCAUUAAAAUAACAGUGCAUCAAUGAAGUGUCUUGGAGACUUUUGGAUGGAAGUAAGCAAACAUGAAAUUCCAGCAUUUCACAUCACUUAGGUUGUUUUAGCUAUUAUACAGUUUAGGCCAUUUGUUUCAUUAAAAGCAAAACAAAAUCCCAGAUAUACUAAUUUAUAUUAAUUAUUAACAAAGCACUGUAAUUUUUUUUCUCCUUUUCACAAUGCAGUAUCGUUAAUACGUAAGGUUUUAGAGAUGUUGUCUUCAGUGUAGCCUGAAAUAUAUUUAGUCACAUAUCCUGACAUUAUGCAAUAAAUUGUUUAAAAAUGCAAGGUGGUUCUGUCCCGUCCCCCCAGAAUGCAGUUAAAAUAUGUGACUCUUUCUUGUGCAUUUACUGUCCAAUUUCUAUUUAAAUUCUGUACUGGAGAAUUUUACGCUAAUCCUGUUUACGCAAGUGGACAUCAGUAACCAUACCCCCUCCUAUGCAGUUUCUGCAACACGUGAUACUUUUUACAGUGCUAGUGAUAUUGGCAAUGGUUUCUGCAGCAUUAGAAAGCCAUUGGAAGUGACUUGGAAACCCUGGUUAAUCUCACUGUAAGCCAUUAGCCUUUUCGUAUGGGCCUGAUCCCACAAACCCUUACUCAUGCACGUAAUCCCAUUGAGCCCAAUGGGACUAGGCACAUGGGUAAAGAUUACUCACGUGUGUGUGUUUGUGUGUAGGAUCUGGCCCUAUUUUUGUAAUUCUGGUCUUAAAGUAAUUGGAAGAUAUGUGUCUGCCUGACGAAUGUUGCUUAGGGUUUUGCUUUCUUUCCAUGGUUAGCUUCUGUGCCGAAGCUAAUGUAAGAUUUGGAAGUCAAUUGAACAAUGGAGGUAGUGACUUCAAGAGCACACAGAAAAAGCACAACAUGCACUUAAAAUGCAUUUUGGAAAUGGACUUUAAAAGAAAAAAAGAAUCUUUAGAGUCUUAGUUGUAAUAUUCCUAAUAUAUAUGCGUAGUAGAGUUUUCACUGUAAGGUCUCACUUUUUCUAUGGUCUUAAGCCUAGUGCUUUGUUAACAGCAGCAACCAACGAGUGCAUCAAAUGCACUGCAGAAAAGUACUGUAUUGUACAGCACCUGUUCCGAUUGCUGGAGAUUGGAUUUCUGUGUGACUUCUAUAUACUACAGGGCUUGAUUGAAACAUUGAUUACUGAAGCGAAUCUUUGAUCUAUGCAGAGUUUUAAUGCCAAAACAGCGUGUGUGUAUGCAUGUGUGUGUUCAUUUUAUGGGUCUCUGUAUAGAUAACUUCCUUAGUGAGGUGACUUUGUACUAUUGUAGCUUGAUGAAUAUUGGAAUAACUAUAUUCUGAACAGACAGCCCCAUUUAUAACCGAUCAGAAUCUGCUUGUUUCUUGAUCUGAAUUGUCCCUGGUAAUGCAAAGUGAACCCUUUUUAUUUAUGUAGCUAUAUUUGAAGAGAGAAGUAGGAGACUGGAUUUAGCACAGCCCCCAGCACAGAUGUUUGUGGGAUGACUGACUAGCUGUCUGUCGAUUAUAGCUCUUGCCUUUUAUAGUUUCUGGGAGUAAUACAUCUUGGAAUUAGGAAUUUACAGAUGACCUGCAGGUUUAGGCCAGAGGCAGUAUCCACAAUUUAAGUCACUUCAGGGAGUUUGUUGCUAUUAAAGGUGAGCAGAAGUAUGUUGUUGCCUAGAUCAGGAUUAUUCAGCCCUGAGACAUCUAGGUCAGAGAACAAAUGGAAAUCAAUUGUCAUUCUGUCAGGGAACCACUGGGCCAGGAGAAGGGCAGGUGAACAGUCCUGGGCUUUGGACCAUUUGAAUACAAGCUGUCCUACUGCUCUGCAGAUCUCAUUAAGGCCACAUCUAUUGACUUCAAAGCCACCUCUUGGGAACGUAUCUUCUUUGAGGAUAACCCUUUACCAUCUUUCCACCCUCGUGUCCCAGUGUGUUGGUGUAACUCCCAUGAACAUUGAUGGAUGUGAUGCAUGCACAUACAGAAGAAAACACCUACCAAAGUGGUCUGUUAGGUUUCCUUGAACUAGGGUUACAAACGCUGCAGAAGAAGUAACACAUUUUCUCCACUCUGCAAAAAGCAAUUUUUAGACUUCAUUCUGAUUAUAUCUUAAUGAAUGCUAGUAAUCUCUGAGGUGGAUUCUGCCAACAAUAUUACAAAGGAGUGCUCUUUCUUUCUUUCUGCUCAUAGAGAACACGCCAGUACUGUUAGAACUGAACUCCGAAAGAGAAAAUAAGAAAAAAUGAUAUCAAACAAGAAGUCGCUGUCAAUCUGUUCAGGCUCAAAAAUGGGCAUUCUCUCAAGGGAGGUAAAUUCUACACAGCAAUUCUGGAGGAUUCUCUGUAAAAAGACUCAGGACCAUAUUCUAAACCGUCCUAGCCACCCAAAUGUAAUUUUUAAACUAUUAAAUUGAUAUAUGUUCUACAGAUUAUCACAUGGGUAAAACUCCACAUACAUGGUUCAUUUGUGUGUGUGUGUGUCCAUGUAAGUAUAUUAUAUAUAAAAUACACACAAAUAUACCACAUAUGUAGAGGUUUUUAUCCUCUGACUGCCUCACUUACCCUCUGCCCAACAACCUAUCUUCCCCAAGAUUUAUUCAAAUACUCCACAUUUCUGAGCAACUUCAAACAGCUGUUACUUUAAAAAAAAUUAAUCUGUCAGAAACAGAUAUUCCCUCCUCCUCCUCUCUCCACCUCAAAUGUAGAAUUCCUCCCCAAAAUUACCCUGUUCCAAGGCCCAGGCUGGACAAGUUUCAGCUGUUGGACUGGUGUCAGCUUUUCUAGUUAGAAAAAUGUCUAAUCUUCAGUGUAUGUUGCCUGGCGGUCUUACAGGGCUAGGAAAGGAAGAGGGGAUUACAAACUUCCCAGUGGGAUACAUAUCACUUCUAGCCCUGGAAUUACAGAAAAAUCUCUCGAGCCUAUUUUUAGAGGUUUGCCUGGCUCCUUCUGAGCACGGCGCAGUUGGCCUCCUGGUAUGUGAGACACCUGACUUUAAGGUAUGAAUGAGAGAUGAAAAAUAGUCCCAAUAAAAAUGUUAAAAGCUCUCUCAAGUAUUCUUAAGAUAGCAUUUCUGUAAGAUGUAUGGCAUAUAGAGAAUACAUGAUACUGUGAUGUGAUAGGAAGGUUUGGUCAUCAUUAGUUUGGGGUGAUUUCUGUACGCCCCACUCAUGGCUUUGUCACUCAUGAGGAAUGCAUCUAACUCAAACUCAUGCUGAUAACAUUUUACCACACCGUUGUUCACUCUCUGUAUGUGAGAAAACACGCACACGUUCUGUGUAUGUAGUCAUGAUCAACAGAAUAACUUUCUUUCUUUUUGUUUCUGCAACCAUGGAAUUAAUUGGAACCGUGCAAUGAAUUGCAUUUAUUUUGCACCUUUGUCCUCAUUUUCAUUCUGCCCACUAAUCCAUCCCAGUUGGAGCUACUUCUGAUGUUCCAAAUCGCAAAACUACUAGUGUCAAAUGAAAAAGAGCCUUCCACUAAAAUUUUUCCCAUAACUGUGGCUUGGGUGAAAAUGGGGAUUGAAAUGACACUGCUGCAAGAAUAGCACAGUUCACUAGGAAAAAAGCUUUAGCCCAGUGAAGAACUCAAAGUGCAGGCUUUUUAGUGUUCUCCUGUAGGAAGCAUUCAUUUCUAGCCCUGACAGAGAGUGUGUCAUGGAACCUUAAAACUGACACCUGCAUUUGUGAGAAAUGUUUGAAGGUUUUAAAAAUGUUUUAUAACUAACAUUUCUCUGACUCUGAGGCCUGCACACUCAUGGUAACUAAGGCAACCUGGCUUUACAGGCAAGGACUACAAGAAAAUAAGCAAUCAAAAUACACACACUCUAAAAUUGUUCUUAAAAAUCUUUUAAGCAGGAGGAAUAAACAAAACACCUGCUGGUGUGUUCAAAAGGAUUAAUUGGGAUUUGGAUAUUUGGGAUUUUCCCAGAAACUCUCAUAGCUCCCUGCCUGGGACUCAUGCCAUACGUGACCAUUGUGUGUGUGUGUGUGUGUGUUUGCCAACACAGACGUGCACACCUUCUCUCUAUCUGUUCUAGUUAUCCAGAUAUUAGUUAUUAUUCUAUAACCAACUUCCAGGGAUGCUGCAUGGUUUUAUUUUAUGUCAUAAGCCAGUUUAAAAUGUUCCUUUCCUGCUAUAGUAAACUAUUUUGAAUCCUACUGUUGAACAUGGCUCUGUUACAUGCCUGGGCAGUGGCAGGUAACCACUCAAAAGGUUGAAAGUGUGAGGAGCACCUGCUCUCUUCCCUCGCCCUUUGAAUAAUGUACAGUACCCUGCUUCAACCAGUUGCCCAGGUUCCCAACUCUGACAUGGAGCACUGGUGCAUCUUCCAUCCAACAGCUCUCCUCUUUAGGAUGCUUUUGACAGCAGUCCUCAUAUCUUGGGGACUGCCCUGCAGGAGACCGCUUGUACUGAGGUACUGCAGUGAAAAGGAUUUUUAAAACUACAGAAGCACAUUGUUUCUAAUAAGCCUAUGUGGUACUAACAAGGGACCCACGUUUGAAAGUGGGCUCAGAUGAAGCUUUGCUUUAGGUUACUUUUGUUUGCUGUUUCAUUUAAGGGCUGUUGUAAGAAUCUUGUGAAAUAUGGUUGGCCUUUCCCGUUUUGUACAUGCCCCAAAACUAACCCCAAAUGUCUCACUUUUGUUUUAACCCCCUCCCUCUCCCAAGGAGGCACUGUCAUAGAAUUGUUUAACAUCUAUAGGGGCCCUUAUAGCAGCAUUUCACAUGUAAAAAACCCUUGUGGGGAUUUGUCUGAGUUACAUCAUUUCAGCUGAACUUUCAGAGUUUUGUUCUAAUUUCUCUUUACUUGCUAUGUUUCCUUUUUAAAUUACAAUUGACACUUCUCUUUAUGGGGUCCCACUUUACAAUCCAGACCAAGGCCCACCUACGAAUGUUGGCUCAGGCCUGGUCUGGACUUAGCAGUUUUGCUGGCAUAGCAGUGUUGCUCGGGAUGUGAUCCCCACCCCCUUGACUAACAUAGUACAUCAGCAAAAGCCCAAAUGUAAAUACAGUUAAACAAGUUGCACAAAAGUCCUUUUGCUAGUCUAGCAUACUCCAUUCGGGGAACUGGUAUAAGCUGCAUCUCCACCACCGGGGAUUUGCCAGUAUAUAGGUAUUCGCAAAAAGAAAUGGAGUACUUGUGGCACCUUAGAGACUAACAAAUUUAUUUGAGCAUAAGCUUUCGUGAGCUACAGCUCACUUCAUCGGAUGCAUUCAGUGGAAAAUACAGUUGGGAGAUUUAUAUACAUAGAGAACAUGAAACAAUGGGUGUUACCAUACACACUGUACGGAGAGUGAUCACUUAAGGUGAGAGAUUACCAGCAGGAGAGCUGGGGGGGGGGGGAAACCUUUUGUAGUGAUAAUCAAGGUGGGCCAUUUCCAGCAGUUGAGCAAACCCUUCCAUGUGUAAGCAAGGCUCAGUAUAGAUGAAGUGCUUUAUCCAAACAGUAAAUAGCACCAAUGCAAAAUUUAGAAGCUGAUUAAUGCUUUGUAAAUCAGCCACAAAUAUUUUGCUUUAAUACAUUUAAAGGCCACUAACACCUCAUUUGCAAUCAUUCACUCUACAUUUCUCUGCUCCCAAAGCAAAGCAGGGAAGGUUGAGCUUGGUUUGUACUGAAAAUGUCAAAACCUCUCCUUCUGGCUGUACUUCUGCCUUGGCAUAUUUUGUGUUACAGCUCGAGAAUAAAUACAAGCAAAGCUAGCAUCGCUUUAGUGCUAAAAUAUUGUACCUUUUUGUGUUUAAAACGGAGAGAAACAAACAAAAAUAGGUUUCAGAGUAACAGCCGUGUUAGUCUGUAUUCGUAAAAAGAAAAGGAGUACUUGUGGCAAACAAAAAUACUUCCCCCGCCCCCCAAGGAACCCCGCCCUGUGUGUGAUUUAUUGCCAGAGAGGCCUGUGUCUCAUUUCUUUGCUGUCUUCCUGCUGCUGCUGCUUUAAAUGGUUUGCUAUGUGAGUUUUCUGAUACCACAGGGUAUGUGAUCGCGUGGGUGACAGAGUUGUCGUUUUCUUCAUUCUUUCUCGCCUCAGUUUGUGCUUGUCUGUCUGCUGUGGUAGGGGUAUUAAUAAAUAAAUAAAUGUAUACAUAUCUAUUCGAUAUAAUUUUGAGGAGGUUUGCAUGUUAGUAGUUUGUAAGCAACUAAGGGGCCUCGUGUUCAGGUCUGAGCAGAUAGGAAUCCGCUUGCACUCGAGGGGCCGGAUCCGAAGCUCAUUGAAGUCAAUGGAAAGACUCCCACUGAUUUCAGUGGACUUUGGCUCAAGUCCUAUGCUCCCACCUUUGUUGUGCCUCACUUAAAAUGGUGCUUCUUCAGUUGUCUGUCUCUUCUUCUGAGUUUUAUUUGUAAGGUGCUGUAUAUAACUUGAAUAUAUUAUGCACAUAUCCUACCCAAUGGGUAGAACAAACAAACAAAAAAAAAGACAUUGUUAAUACUGUAAGAUAAUGUAUAGAUGAUACCAAUUUUAACACAAAAAAUGGCAUCCAAUUUGUGAAUGCCUACUUUCGUGCUUGGUCCUCUUUUGUAAGAAAAUUUGCGAAUGUAUGCAUACAAAUGACAAAAAGUCUAUGUAUUUUAUUUUCCUAUUAAAUAUCAAUAUAAUAUCAUAAGGGAAAAGCAGAGUUUGAACAAAUCACUUUUGACCAGCUUGUAUAUAGCAACUGGUUGUUUGAUGCAUCUUUGCGAUGACGGUCAUUCUUUUUGUGUGUGUCACUUUAAGGAAAAAGAAAAACAAAACAAACAAACCUUCACAGCUUUAACUUUGCAACUAGAUACUUCUCUUCUUUGUUGUCACCUUGUUUUUGCUGAGCUGAACCAGUAUUAGCUACUUCUUCUCCAGCAGAUAUUUUAUUUAUACCCUCAGUUACCUUAUUUACCUAAAGAUGAGUUAAAAACCUAGAACUUUUUAUCCAAACCCAAUGACGCUGUAUGGGCCUUGGCUAAAUUGAUCGAAACUGACCCUGCAAAAAUCAAAAGUAGGCCAACAGAGUUUUUCAAAAACAAAAACAGUCCUUGUGUUGCACCUAUAUCUGAUACACAACCUUCCCAUUCUAUACUCUGAAGGCUUGUCUGCAUUCAGGAUUCAGCAAUCAGUGUAGCUGCAGUGGUACAAACCCCAGGUAUAAUAGACAAGGAAAGCUGUAAUUUACGCUGUUUGAUCUUACCCCUGAUUGAAAUGGGAGCAUAUUGAAGUGGUUCAAUAUUCAACUUUCCUUGUUCACACUGAGGUUUGCAGCACUGCUGGACCAGUGAUAGCUGAACUGGGGCUAAUAAUGAGUAUAGACAAGGCCUAAACCCAUCCAAGCCCAGUGAGCAGUGGUGUAAGGCCAGGUCUACACUUAAAACUUUUGCAAGUAUAAUGAUGUCUAUUCGGCGUGUGACUUACUUUAUUUUUAUGACAUUUUAUACCAGCAAAAGCCCAAGUGUAGACACAGUUAUACAGGCACAAAAAUCCUUUUGCUGGUAUCCAUUUUGUUGUUCAGGAAAUUGAUAUAAGCUUUUGCCAGCAUAACCUUCGUCUACACUUGCUGAUAUGGUUAUAUCUGUAUGGCAAACCAUUUUUCAGGUAGACAAGACCUAAGCUUUCGAUUUUGAGGAUGGGGUGGGAGUCAAUUUAUUUUUAAGGCUGACGAGCAAGAAAAGCCUUUUGUAGUUUGACCGGCGCUUUGUUGUGCAUGGCAAGGCCCUCUGGACAGUUUGCUCCUCCAGUCUUUCCACACUUUUGGUUGUCCAUGUACACUCUUGGCGUGGCUUGUUAGGUAAAGCGAAUACCUCAGGAAAACAAACACAAAGUUUGAGUUUAGAAUUGCAGAUAGGGAACUUAUUUUUCUAAACUGCUUGUUUUAAAUAGUCUGGGAACGUAGAUGAUAUAAAAGUUAACUGUCAAAGACUGAAUAAUCCGCUAACGAAUGGCUACUUUUUUAUACUUGUCAGGCUUUAACCACAAGCAUAACAUAGCAAUGUAUUGGAAUGUGUUUGAGGUGGCGUUUUUGUUGGUUUUCAGAUAUCUAGCUAAAUGCUACACUAAAACUCAGGGGGCCUCAU